CUCAUCCAUAGCGGCGAAAGGGGUCCGCGUAAAGGAGGGGGCUGGAGCUUUUACAAACCAACACGAGCGACCCAAGUCCUUCAGUCCCGGGCCUUGCGCGCGUGCGAACGCAUCGGGUUGUUAUUGAGGGAAAGCUGGGCACAGGAAACCCGCAGUCUCCAAUGGUUCUGCUAUCUGUCCUCCAUGCGCAGAACCCAAACCCGGCAGCCCCGCACCUGCUAACCGAGACCACCGGGAUAUAAGAGAUACUAACACGCGGAUGGAUGGGACAAACGCUGGAAAACGAGUUCUGGGGAAAGCAUGCGUGCUGAAAACAUUUAAGCAUUUAUUGCUUUGAGAGCACUUUGUUCUGACCUCGAACGCACGGUCAUGUCUGACACCUGACAAAUCCUGCGUCCAUUUGCAACUUUCCGAAGUCCCCCUCUCCUCGGCUGGAUUCACCUUACAUCUUCGUUUCUUUCACUUGUUCUGUGUGUAAGAAAGACGAGACGGCGACUUCAGUUGAUUACCUGCCUUUUCUCUGUUAUCCGAUGGAUAUUCACUGUAAGGCAGACCCCUUCUCCUCCAUGCACCGGCACGGGGGAGUGAACCAGCUGGGCGGGAUGUUCGUGAACGGAAGGCCUUUACCUGACGUCGUGCGCCAGAGAAUCGUGGAGCUCGCGCAUCAAGGGGUCCGACCCUGUGACAUCUCCAGACAGCUGAGGGUCAGUCACGGCUGCGUCAGCAAGAUCCUGGGCAGAUAUUAUGAGACUGGCAGCAUAAAGCCUGGAGUCAUCGGAGGAUCCAAACCUAAAGUGGCCACGCCGAAGGUGGUGGAUAAAAUAGCGGACUAUAAACGCCAGAAUCCCACCAUGUUCGCCUGGGAGAUCCGGGACAGGCUGCUGGCGGAUGGCAUCUGCGAUAACGACACCGUCCCCAGCGUCUCCUCCAUAAACAGGAUCAUUCGGACGAAGGUUCAGCAACCGUUUCACCCCUCACCAGAUGGCACGUCUCUUUCCACCCCAGGACACACUAUAGUCCCCAGUGCAGCAUCUCCUCCAGUCUCCAGUUCCUCCAAUGACCCUGUGGGCUCCUACUCAAUCAACGGCAUUCUGGGAAUCCCUCGCUCCAAUGGAGAAAAGAGGAAAAGAGAUGCUGACGGUUCUGAGGGUUCAGCGCAGAGCAGUGAUUCUCAGGGCAGCGUGGAGAGCCUGAGGAAACAUCUGCGAGCCGAUGCCUUCACCCAGCAGCAGUUAGAGGCCCUGGACCGAGUGUUCGAGAGGCCGGCGUUCCCAGACGUCUUUACCACUUCUGAACACAUCAAACCUGAGCAGGCGAGUGAAUACAGCCUCCCUGCAUUAAACGCAGGCCUGGAUGAAGUCAAACCCAGUUUAUCCUCCGGCACGACCUCUGACCUGGGCGUCAGCGUGUCACAGAGCUACCCUCUAGGUCGGGAUAUGGCCAACACAACCUUACCUGGAUAUCCACCUCACGUCCCUCCCACCGGGCAGGGCAGCUACCCAACAUCCACACUGGCUGGAAUGGUUCCUGGGAGCGAAUUUUCAGGGAAUCCCUACAGCCAUCCACAGUACACAACCUACAAUGAAGCCUGGAGAUUCAGCAACCCAGCAAUACUGAGUUCCCAUUAUUAUUAUAGUGCAUCCCGAGGCUCCGCCCCCCCAACUGCUGCCACUGCCUAUGACCGCCACUAGUUACCACGGAAACCAAAUUAGGCCGCACGCCCAUGGACUCGGACUUCAUAUUCUGCCAGUGUGAGCAGUGCAGCUGAUUGGACAUCAUGCGGUCACAUGAUGAAGAACAGGCCAAUCAGGAACAAAAACAUCUCAAUGACAAUUCAGCCAUUCUCAAGAGUCCCAACGGGCUCGACGAUAUGGAAGCCCGUUUA